AACUCCUGAGUCCUUCCAGCUGAAAAGAAGGGAAGAGGGGGAAAGGAAGUCAGAAGGAAGAGAACGAGAGCGACGUUCGUUUCACCAGCUCGUCAAGGGACCUUUUUUUUUUUAUGUGUUAUUUUUUGACCGGCAGAGAUUUUCACAAGUGAUCGGAAAAGAGCAGCGAAGUGCUUUACGGAGGAGCGAUCUUUACUUGUUUCUCUAUUCCGACCAUCGUUCCUUCUUGGAAAUAAAGAAAUAAAGGAUGAGGAGCGCUUGGAUGUUGUUAUGCCUCGGCUUGGCGACCGGGUUUAUCGCUGAUAAUGUCUUAUCCCAGUCGCCGUCCUCCUCAGCAGAUGACCUGUACCUGGAGGGGAGGCCGUCAGGCGACUUCCCUGUGGAUGAUGAAGAUGGUGAGAGCUUCGCCUCUGGCUCUGGAUCAGGAGACUAUUCUCUUGCUGAUGUCAUACUGAGAGAGUCGUCAAUCAGGAGGUUUGUCGUCAACAUCUCUGAGACGACAACAAUCCAAGAGGUGAUUCGGGACCAAACGACUGCGGUGCCAGACUCUCCCGCCAACCCACUGACCACAGUAGUGGACUCAGAGGAUCCACUCACCACCGCAGAGGGUUCUGCGCCACCGCAAUUCGCCUUUCCCGAUGAGAGCACCAAGAUGGACACAGAGCAGGUAGACAUGAGGCCAACAGUAGACUGGUUCAUCUUCAACACCAGUCCAAGCUCCAGCAGCAUACCUCCCAUUGAAACAACGACUGCCUGGUACAGCAUAGAUGGCAGCCCAACCAAAGACAGUGCAGAGGAUGUCCUUGUCAAAAAAGGCGUUCAAGUCAAAGACGGUAAAGAUGACCAAACAUAUACAUUGGAUGUCCCUGAAGAGGUGACCUCAGAAAACCUUUGGGAGAGGACCGAGGUGCUGGCAGCUGUGAUCGCAUGUGGAGUGAUUGGAUUCCUGUGCGCCCUCCUCCUCCUCAUCCUCUUCGCCUACCGCAUGAAGAAGAAGGAUGAAGGAAGCUACGACCUGGGCGAGAGGAAGCUCCCCCCGACGGCCUAUCAGAAGGCACCAACCAAAGAGUUUUACGCUUAAACCUACCAGUGGGGACUUGGAACGUAAUCUGCCAUCUCACAAUUUGGACUCUGAAUGGAUCUUUCUUUUUUUUUUUGCUCAUCUAAAGCUGAUGCAUCAUGAUGAAGUUCAAUGUCAAACACUCUCCUCCAUCUCUUUUCUCUUUUUGUUUCUUGUGUCCUCAUCUCUUUUCCUGCUCGCCUCUCCCCGCUGAUCUCCCCUCAUCUCCUUUUACCUCCCUCCUCCGCCGUCUCCCCUCCUUCUUGACUGUGUUCGGUGUUUUGCGAAGCGGAGUAUCAAAAGAGUAUUAAAACGCGUUCUUAUCGUUCUACUUCAGGAAAGUAACGUGUUUCAGAGUAUGGAGAGUGUUUGUGUACUUUCAGACAACCAUUUGCCGCUUCUUCAGCAAGCUGAUGGGCACUGGGCUGGCCCUGGUUUAUUAUUUAGUUAGUCCCGUCUGACGGCGAAACAGCCCAAGAGGCCCAGCUUAGGUCAGCGGUGUCAGGAAGGUGACGGAGACAGACGUCUUCAGACACGGACAGGCGUAGUUCAUUUGGAGCGCUGCUAGCUGAAAUGGUACGCGUCACGGGAUUACCGCUGAAAGGAUCCUAGAUAGUCAAGUGUCCUUUUCCCCUUCAUUUGAGGUUAAAGACUGUUCAUAGCAACUUGUGUUGUUGGAUUUCAUGAUGAGUCAUUGAUUUACUUUUUUUUGUGACAAAUUAAUAUUUUAUUUCAUGUUUUGUUCAUGUCGCGAUGAGAGAUUUUGUUAUCUGCAGGUACAUAUUUGUAAGGAAAAUUUUUUUUUUUGUUCUCUCAACUUGUAGAAAUGACCAAAUAUAUUUGUGCUGUAUGUGUGUUAUCUGUGUUGAUUUGUUUUUGUUUUGUUUGUUGCAUAUCAACUGUUUGCAUGCUCCUGCAUUGCUUCACAUAAUCCUUUUUUAAAAAAUUUUUUUUACUCUUUUAAUAUUGUUUCAUUACAUUUCUAUAGUAGCUAUAGUAGAAGUCGGUUUACCUUGCAUUUUUCCUUCAACACCGAUGCACUGAAGGGAAGCUAAAGUAAAAGUUGUUCACCCGGCAUCUAUUCCUGCACCGCUAUUGCAGUUUUCCCUUGAAACAUUUUUUUUUUAGAAAUUAUUCUUCAUUCAUGUCGAGCAACCCAACAGCACCAGUGUAGCAAUCACAUAAAAAGAGCCACUUCUAAUACGAUGGUUACGUUUAUUUUCAGUCUUGGAUCAGCGUUUUAAUACAGGGGCUUGUUACUUCAGAAAUGCCGCCAUCCUUCAUCCUGUAUAUUUUGCUCCCGAAAGAAUUUCUUAACAGUUGCUUGUGCAGCAGGAAUGAAGCGGGAGCUUCAUCGUGGGCUACGUCUGGAAGGGUAGCCAAGGCAAAUUACUAUAAUCCAAAGAUGUUUUAGAUGCGACCUAUCUGUUCAGACCCAAACCAAAGCACAUUCUUUUCUCUUAACUGUACAUAGAUGUAAAGCGGCUGAAGCUAAAGGGACCGUACAAAGAAAUCGCCACUCACAGAAUCAGUCUAUGUGCUCAUCCAAUCAGUUGGGUUGGAGAGGUUAUUUGCAAGAUAUCAACAGGUAAACAUUACCAAAAAAGCUUUUUUAGAUUUUAGAUAAUCAACUUGAAUACUCUGGUUCAGUCACGUAAUUGAUUUAUUUUCACUUAAAUUUGGAUAAUUUUGUUUUUUUUUGUAAAGUUAUUAGUGGAAUCUUAAUAGACUUAUUAAUCAGUCAUGAGUCCAAUAAGAGCCUUACCCUUCUCCAUUUGGAUUUCAACUCCCUUGAAGCAAACCAGGCUUGUCAGCUAAUGUGCGACGUGUGAUCCUACUGGAAUCCUGACGUUCCUCGUUCAGCUGUGUGGAGAGCAAAUCAAAGCAAGCAAGACAAGGGGGCAAAUGUAAAUAGUGAGUUAGCGAAUGCACGGCAUGUUUGCCAAAGUCUGCUGUGCCUUAGGUAGAUAUCAAUGCUUCAUAGUUUGCUUUAUUUUUGGGGGCGGGGGUUCGAACAAUAACAAAAACUACUACUUUUUUUUUUUGCUUUGGUUCAGAAAUUUGAGGAGCGGGCGGAGGGGUUAAUUUGUUUCAAUCAGUACCAUUCACCAACCUUUGCUAAUAUUUGUGUGUUAUUAAUAGGAUAGGAUAUGAUUGUGGAUAUUUUAGUUGGCAUCACACUUGUAUUCCUUACGAAAGCAAAACUUUACUAGUUCCUUUUUGAAGACGGCGUUUUCCUGACCAACCAAGAUCAGGAGGCCGGGUUAGCCGGAGUGAGGGUUUCAUUCACAGUUGACGGCACAAAUCUGGAGCCCUUAAUUGACGUCCUUGUGUUCUUUGUUAAAAGGCCCAAGUGUGUUGUUGGAGCCAGUCAUACGACUCCUGAGUCACCGGGCCGAGACUGGCAGUAUGUACUGUUGGUAAUGUCAUGUCAGAUGAACAUACACUAUACCGCUGCCAAAGCAAAACCAUGAAUGUCUUAUCUAAACAAGUCAUCUGAUUUAUAUUUUUGUCCCCCAUCAUGUUACUCGCUGUGUUUCUCCUUGGUGUCAAAUGACUGUUGUGUAGUAAAACAACAAUACUAAAACUAGAUAGUCAUGAAGUAGCUGGUAGAAAUGCUUUCAAUCAACUGGUUGAGAAGUUUGUUUCCACAUUUUCUGGUUCAUCUAUGUAAAAUAUUCUUUGGCUCGGCAUCGUAGUCCUUAUCUGCAGUCGUUUAAUAGUAGUUUUAUUGUGGCCUAUGUAGUUCUGUCUCCAAUUUACUCAUUUUGGGAGACGAAGCAGGAGCAGGAAAAGUUAACCUGUGAGGAUUUGUGCGUGUGUGUGCAUGUGUGUGUGUGUGUGUGUGUGUGCGCGUGUGUGUGUGUGUGUGUGUGUGUGUGUGUGUGUGUGUGUGUUUUAGUAAAGUUUACUGACUAAUGUGUGUGUCACACAUAACUCAAGAUUUAAUGGAAAUCUCAAAAUUUCAACACAUGAAAACCAUUUUAGAUCAGUCUUGAUGCAUGCUCAAUAAUGCAGGUAAGGAAGUCGCAGGAAGCUGAGUCGGGUCAUCUGGACACGACGCUUAUUGAGAGAGGAUUUCUGUGACUACUACACAUGGCUGUUGUAACUCCAGUUAUCGUAAUUUGCUUAUGAAACCAAUCAUCGGUUUCGGUCGUUAUGCAACUGUAUUAAUAAGGGUGGAGAUACCUGCAGUCAGGUUGGACUGAAGAGGUGACUUGGAUGAGGGAGGAAACGUAUCUGUGAGUAAACGCUGUGUACACAUGAACUGGUUCAGCUUUGUGGUUUUAGGUCAGGGCAGAAAUGUAGGAAUAUCUACCAGUAGUUUAUGUCUACAAAACAAAGGGACCAAAAAGAAGAAGUCUGACUCUCUCUGGGACUGUGAUCUGGGUUAAAUACCAUCAACUCUUCCAUUGUCUGUACAAACGCCUGCGCUUUAGGGUGUCACGUGAAAAGCUGGCAUGAAGCUUCAGGAUCAGUAACUUGUGACCAAACAUGCUCUCUGCGUUGAUCUCAUGAUUUAUGUAAUUUAUACACAUUAAUUUAUAUUUGAUUAUAUACCAAAAAUACAAUUAAUGUUUUCGAGUGUACAGUAUUUACAGAUGGUCCCAGCCUUGUUGUGCACACGGUGUCUUUUUGUGCGUUUUUUUUUUCAACAUUUGACAAGGCUCGAUCCAGCUCGUUCCCUAUUCCAGUCAAUUGUGGGAGUACAUCUUCACAUGUUCAUGUCACUGAACAGCCGCUGGCCUCUGAGGGUUGGUAUACCCAGUCAGUUGGGAUUUAACCGAACGACCGCUUCAGCUCGAGGACAUAAACUGCAGUUUCAACUUGCGUUUGGAAUUGAUGAAAUCAACCACACAUGAAUUGUGUCUAUCCUUUUUCUUUUUCUUUUUGUUUCGCCCAGUCAGUUUUCCCUCCACCGUGGUGAGGACCAACAAAGACUUGAUGAUGCCAUGAGCACAGACGAGGCCUGAAAGCGCUGUGUUGCAGACAGUGUUGUAUCUUAUGAGGUUCACUACUGAAUAAAAAAACACCUGGCUGAAA